CACGAAUGCAGGUGUAGAGACAUCUGCAUCUGUCAGUAGAUGCUGCUUUUGAAUAGACCUGAAGAACUCUAAACCACUUGUGAAACUCUUGCCUUGAUUAGCAGGUAGGUGAAGCAGUAAGGGAUCUUUCCCUGACCGCCUGUAGCAAAAGCUGAUGGUUAGACGCGAUUAUGUAAUGGGAAAGCCAGGAGUGAAAGGGACUCGGGAUGCGGAGCAGCUGGAGACCAAUGUGAUCCUUCUUCACAGGGGAGGAGCGAGGAGGAAGACUUGCCAGACAAGAUCCAAAAGCAGUGUGACCUUCGCUUUUCUAAUAAGGUGAUUCUGAAACUGUGUAGACAGCUCCUACCCUGAGCUCCUGAGCUGCUUGUUGCAGGAGUUUGAAGAUGCAGCAAGACUGACAGUGAGGACAGAAGGAUCUCCCCUAAAGAAGUGCAGAGUCUGAGCUCCUGGCCAUGUCUAUCACAGAUCACAGCCCCUCCACGGGCGUGGUGACUGUGAUCGUGAUCCUGAUCGCCAUCGCGGCGCUGGGGGCCCUGAUCCUGGGCUGCUGGUGCUACCUCAGGCUGCAGAAACUCAGCCAGUCUGAGGAUGAGGAAAGCAUUGUGGGCGAAGGAGAAACCAAAGAGCCCUUCCUGCUGGUGCAGUACUCUGCUAAAGGACCCUGUGUGGAGAGGAAAGCUAAGCUGACUCCCAACGGCACCGAAGUUCACAGCUAACCUGGAGCAACACGUGUCGAUGGACUGACAUGUGUAACCAGCACAAGAAUCUAUACUGUGAAGAACCUGGUCACGUGCACACCACUCAUCAGAAAACACCCUGAUGAGAACUAAAUAAGCUUUGUUUGCAACUGCAUGCACUGAAAAGUUGCACUUUGCAUCAACUGUGUAUCCUAAUUCCUCUAUGACAGGAGCUGACUCGCCUGGCAUAACGUCCAUUGCCGGCAAUGGGCACAGGGAUAUACUGGUGUGAAGAGACUACUACCAGUUUUUUUUACUUGAAUGUUUAGCUGAGCCUAUUUUGAUGGAGCUACUACUGUAAUGUGAACUACUUUACAAUUGUGAAUUGUAAAUAGGCCACUAGAAACUUUUGCUUUGUGUUCUGUAGCAUAUGGGAAUAAUAUGAUGCAACUGUACAUAAUACACAAGGGGUCUCCUGAACCACAACCAUGGAUGGGAUCCCAGACCUUCAAAACCAAAUGUGCAGUUAAACCUUGCUUCUGCUACUAGAUUGAGUGCACAGCUGUAAAGUCAGAAGUCCUGCUUUUAACAGUUUAUUGGACUGGUGCAGAGUAUUUACUUUGAAAAGGGAUAAGCCUUCAGUAAUGUGCUGAGGGAGGAAACAGAGGAGCUACAAGAAAGGAAGAGAUUUCCUUUAGCUGCAGCUAUCUAGGUUAAGUUUUGGCUGCUAGAACUGAGUUCUCUAUGUAGCCUACUGCAAAGAAACUGCCAUGCUAAUGGAAACUAAUGAUGGAUACUGAAUUCUCAGGGAUGGUCCAGAAGGUUUCCAGGAGUCUGAAAUGGCAGUAAAGCAGGCUUUUCUCUUCUGUAGGUCUGUGUGCUGAAACUGCAGAAGUGGUUCCUUAUCAAAAUGGGCUUAAGUGCAACCAGUAUGAAUUUUUCCUAGAACCCUGGUUUGUGUACUUAGCAGGUAGGAUGUAUGUUAACAGCCUGUUAUAAAAAGGCAUUUUAAUCCACAAACAGUCACCUAUAGAAUUCAAUUAAUGUAUCUUGUAGAUAACUCCCUGGAUUUAACUGUACUUCUGCAAGAGAAGCUUCAGUCUUUCCUACUCUUGGUAAUAGGGGCAAGGGCAAUUGCUGGUCAGUUUGUAGAAGUUUUUAGCUACCAAGGGCCCAGUCCUUCCAGAUAAGAACAUACAUUUCCUGCUCUGUGCUAGAGUUCAGCUACAGUACUGUAAAAAUGUGUUAAAUGGGACAUUCUGGACCUCAAAGGUUUGGGGGGAGGAUGGGGGACAACACUGAGCAACAAUGGCAGCUUACAUGUUCUAAACUCUUAGUGUAGGCACACGUGCUUUGAGGCCACUGGCCUGUUUUCUAUUACUUUAUACAUGGCCUCCUUUGCAUACUGGUAUUUUUAAACACUUAAUUGUCUAGCCUUAAUUCAGCUCUAGAGGAAGCAUUCAACUUGCUUCUUAUACCUCUACACAUGGAGUAACUAAGGUCUAGCAAGCUUGCUUGAGAACUUUAACUAUAUGCAAGACAAUAAUGACCUAGACAAAAAGUCUUGUCCUCUCUUCUACACUAAGAUGUUGAAUUGCAUUUUUAGUGCUACAUUUGCCCUUUUUUUUUUUCUUUUUUAAUUGAAGGCUGUAAUUUGAAGCAAAAUGAAUGCUGGCAGUAGCAAAAAGCUCCUGCUGUUGCCUCUUGAGUACAACAUAUGUGGUACAGCUGAUAGAUGUUCUUAACCUGACACAUGCUUUUUUAAGAUCCUGGUCUCCUGAGACUUGCAUGUGUAGCCAGAUCUGUACACUUCAAUUGCUGUAUUCCAGACCUCUUGUAAAUCAAAGAGAAAAGGAUUAAUUCAGUAAGACUUUCUUUAGUUUUCAGCAGAGAACAGUUCACACAUGGCUCUUGUGGGUUUCAGGACAGUCAGAAUACUGGGAUACAAAAGUGAUACAAAGUGCUGAAGUUCUAGAACAGAACAGUUGUAGCAGGAUGACUUUGUCCAUUCAAGUUUACUGAUUACACAGAUGAAGUAUCUCUAUUUUAAUUCAGCAAAGAGAAUGCAGUGUCAAGGGCAAACUUCAGAAAUUAUGGAAAAGUAUAAAUCAAAGGUCUAAUUUCUUUUCUAGCAGCUGUAAGAGAAAGCCAGUGAAAAAUAACUGGUCCUUAGUCAGAGGUGCUUCACACUGCUGCCCCUAAAAAUCAGCAUCUUUAAAUUAAAUGGAUAGGUGUUUGCAAGUUAGUGCAAUAGUAAAGUGCAGAAAGUGUUUUCCAUUCUCCUCUUCUCUCAAGAUUGGGGUAUCUAAUAAGUUGUUCAAGUAUACAAAAAUAUUCCAUUUGAUUGUUUUUUUCCUAGAUCAUGUGGGGGAAGAAGUCUUUAUUUACAAUGAAUGUCAAUAAAAUUUGCAUAAAUACCUACCCAAACA